AUGAGCGAUUUCAGGACUCUAGCUCAUCGUGACCCCACACUCUUUAUGUUUUCCUUAAAAUCCAGCUUCGGCUCGUUCACGUCGACGAGCUCUGCUUCCACCACUCGCUCCUUUCACGAACAGGAUCGCCGACGAAUAGAAGACCUGGAGCAGCAGCUCCAGUCUCUGUCGAGCACAGCAGCGAAGGCUCUUGAUCGCGUUUCCGAAUUGGAAACAGAACUUGAACGCAACACCUCGCCUUCUUUCAUGGCCCCGCGGUCAAACAGUAAUUGCUCUAUUUCCUCAGACUGCUCCAACACCGAGCGGCUGGAAAAACUCGAAGUCGCGUUGGCGGCAAUACACCACGCCCGCUCACAGCUGUCGUCACCCGAGCACUACCGAUACAUCUAA